AUGAUGAUGAUGUCCCUGAACAGCAAGCAGCCCUUCAGCAUGACUCAUGCCAGCGGCGGCAGCCUUCACGAACCCAAGUACUCGGCCCUGCACUCCGCCUCGCCCUGCAGCUCCUCGGCUGCCGGCGCCGCAGCGGCUUCGGCCAGCUCGCCCAGCAGCAGCACUGCAGGCGGGGGCAGCGGCCGGAACAACGCUUCCAAUAGCAACAGCGCCAGCAGCAGCACCUCCAGCAGCAGCAGCAGCAGCACCAGCACCUCCGAGGCCCUGCGCCGUGCCUGCUUGCCCACCCCGCCGAGCAACAUCUUCGGAGGUCUAGACGAGAGUCUACUAGCCCGCGCAGAAGCCCUGGCUGCGGUAGACAUUGUGUCGCCAGGCAAGAGCCACCAUCACCACCCACCACAUCACAGCCCCUUCAAACCUGAUGCCACCUAUCACACCAUGAACACCAUCCCCUGCACCUCGGCUGCAUCUUCGUCCUCGGUGCCCAUCUCGCACCCCUCUGCCCUGCCUGGUCCCCACCACCACCACCACCACCACCAUCACCACCACCAACCUCAUCAAGCUCUGGAAGGAGAACUCUUGGAACACAUCACACCAGGACUGGCAUUGGGUGCCAUGACAGGCCCCGAUGGUUCAGUGGUUUCCACACCAGGCCAUGCCCCUCACAUGGGCAGCAUGAAUCCAAUGCACCAAGCAGCUCUCAGCAUGGCGCACGCCCAUGGGCUUCCCUCGCACAUGGGCUGCAUGAGUGAUGUGGAUGCAGAUCCACGGGAUUUGGAAGCCUUUGCAGAACGGUUCAAACAGCGGAGGAUCAAACUAGGGGUGACUCAAGCUGAUGUGGGCUCAGCCCUGGCCAACCUCAAGAUCCCCGGGGUGGGAUCCCUAAGUCAAAGCACCAUCUGCAGGUUUGAAUCCCUCACCUUGUCCCACAACAAUAUGAUUGCUCUCAAACCCAUCCUGCAAGCAUGGCUGGAAGAAGCAGAGAAAUCACACCGGGAGAAGCUCUCCAAACCAGAGCUCUUCAAUGGGGCGGAGAAGAAGAGGAAACGCACUUCAAUCGCUGCUCCUGAAAAGAGGUCCCUGGAAGCCUAUUUCGCUAUCCAACCGAGACCUUCCUCAGAAAAAAUUGCAGCCAUCGCGGAGAAAUUGGACCUCAAGAAGAACGUGGUCCGAGUGUGGUUCUGCAACCAAAGGCAGAAACAGAAGCGGAUGAAAUACUCUGCUGGGAUUUAG